GCAACAGGCUGGAGAAUGGGAUGCUCAGAGCUAUUCCCAGCCAGUUCAUAGCUACUUUUGUGAAGUUGUAGCCUAGUCUGCAAGUCACGAGGAGAGACGUUUGAGUGCUGUUGACAAUAAGUGUUUUUACUUCCCGGGUUUAAGCAGUUAAGCAUGUUACGCUCAUCAGCAAUGUCAGUGGGUGGGUUGCAUGGUGGUUUAAGGGGUGUGGGUGGGGGGCAGAUGGUCUCCAGGUCCAGCUUCACAAGUUCAAGCCAACGGUAUGGAGCAGGAAGGAACCUGGGGAUGAGUUCCUUCGAAGGGUUAGCAGGAGGUUCCUUCGGGGGAUCAGCAGGAGGUUCCUUUGGGGGUUCAGGAGGAAGGUCAGCCUCAAUGUCUCAGUCAGGGAUGUCAGGCUGCAUUGGCAAUGAGAAGGAAACCAUGGUGAAAUUAAAUGACCGGCUUUGCACGUACCUGCAGAAGGUGAAGGAGAUGGAGGAGGAGAAUAAUAAGCUAGAACUGCAGCUGAAACAAUUCCAAGUUGGGAAGGCCAUAUCAGGCAUCGACUAUGCUGCUUAUGAUGCAGUGAUCAAGCCACUGAGGGAGGAGAUACUGGCACUUCAUCUUGGAAACGCUCGCCUGGCUCUCGACCUUGACAAUGCAACUCUGGCUGCAAAGGACUUCACAACCAAAUAUGAGAAUGAGCUGUGCAUCAAGCAGUCUGUGGAAUGUGAUAUUGCAGACCUGAAGGCACUGAAAGAGGAAUAUAUAAUGAAUUACUCCAUUUUGGAAGGUGAUAUAGCGGCAGCGAAUGAAGACCUUGCGAACCUGAAGAAGAACCAUGAAGAGGAAAUGGUUGAACUGAGGAAGCAAAUGACUGGUACAGUCACUGUGGAUGUUUCAGCUGAAGCCAGCACUGACAUUACUAAGCAACUGAGUGAAAUGAGGGAGAACUAUAAUGCCCUCUGCAAGAAGAAUCAAAGUGAACUUGACAAUUGGUACAAAUUACAGGUGGAAACACAGACGAAGCAGACUGUAGAGGUCAAUGAGGCAGCGAAAGCCUCCAGUCUUGAGAUUAAGGAAUUACACAGGCAACUUCAGAGCUUGGAGGCGGAGUAUAAUUCUCUGCUCAGCGGGAAUGCUUUCUUGGAAGCCAACAUUCAGAAUAUCAAUGAUACGUAUUGUGGGAAACUUGAGAACCUGAAGAUGAAUGUUUCCAGAUUGGAGAUGGAGCUGACCAACUUGAGGUCUGAACUCGAACAGAAGGUGAAAGAUUAUGGGGCCCUGCUGAACAUCAAGAUGAGACUUGAGGCUGAGAUUGAGAAUUACAAGAAGCUCCUCGAUGGAUCAGCUGUUUGUCUUAGCGGGAGUGACUCAAAAGAAACAUCAGGAGGCACCACAGUUACAGCGAUAAGAACUGAAACACGCACUGUGACAUCGUAUUAACAGCUCCAGGCUUCAGCCCAUUCCAAGACAACUCUCCCGGAAUCCUGAUGACUCAACCCUUCUUCCAUUUCGGAUAACGGAUUGCACUGUUGACUUUUGUCUUUGGGUGUUUCGACAAAACCCACCGACCCGCUCGGAAAUGUAAUGGUAUUUUGUAACGGUGUUUCCCUCGCACUUUGGAUGUGAACCUUCCAUUCUGGGUUUUUAACUUUCGCUGUGGUUCUCUCUGUGUGAACGGUGUGGGGCAAUCGCUUGAUGGCACAGGGUGGGGAAGAAUUAAUAAAAGGGGCUUUAACCCA